AUGUUUUCACGUGGAAAGUUAUUAUGUAAGCUAGCUACUGUUGAAGAACAAGUUGACCAAACUUCAGGAGAUGGGCUUUCGAAUAAAUAUGAUUUCCUACAGCGAAACCUUACCCUCCAUGGUGAUUCCCCAAGGACUUACAAUGUUGAAGAAGUAGAAUAUCAACGAGUUGACCAAUUUACGCCAUUGCCUGAAGUAUUCGCUACAGUAGUUGAUGACACCGAUGAAGACACACAACCUUCAAAUUCCAAUUUAUUAACUGAUAUUUCGUCUAAUGUUUUACCUCUGCCCGAUAAAAUUGCUACAGUAGUAGAAGCUUUUAAUGAAAACACAUGUCCGUCAAUUUCUAGUAUCUUAAAUGAUACUUCAGCUAAUAAUUUCGUACCAUCGCCCAAAAAAAAUUGUGUUAUAGAUGCUUCUGAUGAAGAGACAAAACUAUCAAAGUCUGGGUCGCUAAUUGAUAUUGUUUCAAUAAACGAAGUACCAGAUGCAUCUAAAUCGUAUCACCUUGUCAGUGUACACAGCAACUCUGAAGAAGAUUUUUCACCUUCAGAUGAGGACUAUGUUCCAGACACUAACGAAAAUUCACCAGAUCAUGAUUUUCCGGGAAGAAGUCAAAUUUUUGUACCAGAAACUAGCUGUAGCAGCUUAUCCGACAAUGAAGUAAAUUCAGAAAAUCGAUUAAAUACAUGCAUAAACCCUAUCUCUAUGGAUGUUCAAACUAUUUCUUUAUCGUCUUCAUCAGAGAGCAGAGGGAGUCGAAAACGAAAAAGAAAUAUUUGUAAAUGGAAGUGCAACGUUAGAAAACUUAAAGCUGUCACAGGAAAAUCAUAUACAUCUAAGAAAGGUAAAGUUGUGCCCGAAAAAAAGAUGAAACCUGUAUGUGACUGUCGACUGAAAUGCUCUGAACGAGUAGAUGAAACAGCCAGAGCUGCUAUAUUUCAAAAAUAUUAUAGUAAUGAGAUGACUUGGAAUUUGAAGAGACAGUUUAUAAUAUCAAUGGUAACAGAAAUUGAAACUGCUAGAUCUAGACGUCGCGAUCCUGAACACCCACCUAAGAGAUCGUUUACAUUAAAUUACACAUUUUUGGUCAACGAUAAACCCGAAAAGAUAUGCAAAAAGUUUUUUUUAAAUACCUUGGCAAUUUCUGAGACUGUUGUGAGAAAUGCUAUCAAAAAAUCUACACACGGCUUUGUUCAAGAAGACAGACGAGGAAGACAUCCACCGCCUAAUAAAACGGCAGAAGCCAUUAAAGAAAGCAUUCGUAACCACAUUGAUAUGAUACCCAAAUAUGAGAGCCAUUAUAGUCGGAACAGAACUAAAAGACUGUAUCUUGGAAGUCAUCUAAAUAUUGAAAAAUUGUAUGCUUUGUAUGUAGAGUUUUGUGCCGAAAAGAAUAUACCGAAGGAGAAUGUUGCAAAGGCAUGGCUAUAUAGACAUAUUUUCAAGAAUGAGUAUAAUCUAGGAUUUAAUCCUCCAGCCAAUGAUACGUGCGACGAUUGUGAUGGCUUUGUAAUUAAAACAAAAAAUACUACCGAUGUAAUAGAUAAGAAUGCCAUAAAAGCUGAACAUGAUAAACAUCUUCAGGAAUCACACCUCCGCUAUAGCUUAAAAGGAUUUGACAAAGUCGAUGCAAUAGAGAGUCACGGUUCUAAAAAAAUGUUAACAGUUGAUCUACAAAAGUGUUUGCCUACACCUUAUUUGACAAAUAGCCAAAGUUUUUAUCUUAGGAAGUUGUGGACUUUUAACUUCACGAUUAUGGAUUCUGUAGCCAAGGAGAGCUGGUGCUUUAUGUGGGACGAGACUGUAGCAGGACGUGGCGGGAAUGAGAUGGCUUCUGGAUUAGUCAAGUUUUUUGAACAGCUUGAAGAUGUCAGAUUAGAAGAAGUGACGAUAUGGAGUGACAACUGCGCCGGACAGAAUAAAAAUAUUUCUGUAAUGAUGGCGUAUUUGUGGAUACUAUCAAAUCAAAAUAUAAAGAUAAUUAACCACAAGUAUUUACUGAAAGGACAUACGCACAUGGAGGUGGACGUAAUCCAUUCCAUUAUCGAGCGAGAAAAGAAAAAAAUACAAGAAUUUCCUAUAGUUACACCUUGGGACUGGCAGCAGUUUAUUAAAAGCUGUUCCAAAAAUGCCAAAAUAAGUGUAGUGAACAUGGAAACAGAUUCUUUCAAAGAAUUUUCAGCAUUUUGUGAGGGACUCUCAGCGCCUUUUGUACACCGAAAAAAAUCGGAAUCUGGAGAAACGGUGCCAUAUUCCAAUAUAGUAUGGAUGCAAUUUCGAAAAGAACACAUGGGCUCAAUGUUCUAUAAAACAUCAUUUCAAGACGAAAUGUUUAGUGAAGUUAGUUUUAUUCGAAACAAACGAAAAGGAUUUUCUAUGCCAACACCAAAACCUAUUCGAGAUACAUUGAGGCCAAUUUCCAAAUUAAAGUAUAACGACUUACAAAAAUCGUUACAGUGGAUUCCCUCCAUGUUUCAUGACUUCUACAAAAAUCUACCAAAUGGCGAUGUUCCAGACCUACCUGAAGCUGCUGCUUAA